AUGACAAAUAUGGUUCUUUCAUCAAAGUUUGUAACUCCUCUUACGGAAAAUAUUCAAGAAACUCAUAUCUUCAAUAAACUUGAUGUUUUCACAACUGUUUAUUACGACGCCAUUACAAUCAAUUUAUAUGCUGUUGAGCUGUUGUCUUUCCUAUGCAAAUUUCACGAUGAAUACUUGAAAGUAUCAAAUGAACUUAAGAUGAAUGAGAAUAAGUUGGCAAGGAUGGUGGAGCUUUUAAAGAAAAAUGACUUGGAUCAAGUGCGGAAUUCAUUGGAUUUUGAAGAAAUUAACUCCAUGAUUGUCAAACUUAGAGAUACUCUGAAGUUCGGCAUCAUAGGUGACAUGAUUGAAAUGGCUCCUUAUUUUUUCAAAAAUUUUGAUACUUUUCUAUCGGAUUUCAAAAAACUCAUCGACGCCAUGAAAGCUUUAAGAGAAACCAAAGAGUUCAAGUAUAUCAAGCCAAUUAUCACUGCUCUUAAGUACUUUCAAAGCACAAAUCUGAGCAAGGAAAAACUGGCAGAGCACUUACCAAAAAUCCAAGAGAACUUGAGGAACCUUCAAGAGUUUAUCAACAACACUGAAAAUUUCAAAGUCUUUGUGCGAUAUGAUCUAUCGGAUUUUGGUGAUAUUUCUGAACAUUUAAUGGUUAUUGGGAAAGCGACACGUGGAAUUGUAUCUAUGAUGAAUGUUAUGGGUGAGAGGGAUGCUUUUGACGAGUUGUUAGCUUCGGUGAAGAGCUAUGGAAAAUCAACCGAAGAGCUUAAAGCUUUGGAAGAUCAGUUGCCAAAAAUGUUCAAGGAUCUUGGAGCAUUUGAAAACAGUGUGAGAUUCCAUUACUCCGAAAAACUAUCAGAAUUCUAUAAACUUUUCGAAGCAGCCGCAAAAGUGUCAGGGAUCACAUUUGACCUUCAAAAAUUGAAAAGCUUGCCCGUUUCACAGGAACAGACGACAACGAUGCGACCAGAGACAACAAGCGAGGAGGGCCAGACUACAAGGAUCUGGAGGAAACGGAAGCAUAAGGGAGCUGAAGGGCCCGAUGUCUUUGUGAGAUUCUACCCCUGGUCCUAUGUUGUACUGGGAUUGAUCUACCUGCUUAUUGCAUUCAUUCUUUUUGCAAUCCUACUCUCCCUCUGCGACCCUGACGAGGAUAAGGAGAAGAAGCCAGUCGAAUAUCCAGUGAUGAUGAAAGGUAUUCCGUAUUCCCCACAAGAUGUGGAAGCCCAGCGUUUUAAACAAGAAAUUCCACUUGAUUUUGUAAAGAAUAUGAUCGUAGGCUUCUACAAUAAGGUCAGAAAGUUUGAGAAGGAUGAGAAGCUGACGAGCAAGAGCCCGACGGAGGUUUUGAAGGAAUAUGUCACGAAACUGUUGGCCAAGGAUUCGGAGAAGAUCAAGAGCGUCGGAAUGACAGAUUACGUGAAGAAGCACUCAUUGGAGCAGAGAGAAGAACUUCCACUGGUCAUGGCAACCCGUGUACCUCUAAACGUCCACGGAUCCCGCUUAACAUCCGACUUCUUUCAUGCCAACCGAAUCAAGUGUCCAAAUGGCCUCCAACUCAUUCUCACUCAAUCUCCUCUACACAAGAUCCUUGAUAAAGCAUCCACAGUGUUCAAAUUCUGGUGGGCAGUUCGUCAGGAACGUGUCACCCAUAUUGUCAUGCUGGGACAGGUGAAUGAGGAAGAUGCGAACUGGAAUCGGAUGUUCUGCAAGUACUUCCCGGAAAGUGCUGAUGGGAUUGUAAAGAUCGGAGGUUUUAAGAUUAGUUGCUGUGAUAUGGAAGAGGAUGAGGAUGUGGAAGAAAGGACACUUGUGGUUCAGUACGAAAAAGAGAAAGAGUUCACCGUAACCCACCACCUCUACAAAUCCUGGUCAAUGUGCUCCGUCCCCGAGAACUCGAAAACUUUGCUCAAGCUCAUCAAGAAUGUGAAGUGUUCCAAAACCCCGGUUAUUGUGCAUGGAAUCUCGAGGAACAUUGAUCUUGGCUAUCAAAUGUUCGCGUUGAACAAGAAAACCACAUUUGUAAGUGUUCUGAAAUCUCUGAGAUCUCACUGUGAAGGUCCGGUUAUGCAGCCGAUUGAGUAUGGAUUUGCGAUCUAUGGGAUUUUUAUGUAUGCGUUUGAGGCCUACGACCCAACUGCCGUUCCAGACGAUAUCACAAAAAUUAUGAAUUACCUGACGGAAGCCUUCACCACUUGGUUCAAAAUUGAUGGAAAAGUUAAACGAGAUGAGACACGGAAGGAUAGAUCAAGUGAGUCUGAAACGAAUGGAAUUGAAGAUGAGUCUGUCAAGGAGGUCAAGGAGGAGUGA